AGAGAGAGAGAGAGUGAGAGAGAGAGUGAUAUGAGAGAGUGAGGUGGCAGGGUUCAGAAACGACUAUUUUAUUCCCUUCAAAAGUAUCGAUUCUCUCUAUAUACCUAUUGUAACACGACUUCGUUUUGCUAUAUUAGAAACUUCUUCAACAUGGAAAAAAAUAAUAGCUACGACAACCAUCAUUUAUACGGUUAUCUGAACCUUUGCAUUGUGGUUAAUAUAUUAUAGCGAUGAGUGAUGACAGCUAUAGAAGCAGUAGGUCCGCCGAGAUUUAUCGUUUUUCAACCACGUUUAAUACUCUGCCAACGCGUAUUAUCGGAGCCAUGUCGGAACAAGGACCUAACUCUGCAAUUGAUGGUACAAAAUCUAUGCCUUGCAUUGAACUGGCACCUCCCAUAUUAGACGAGUCGUCCGACCAUUCGUUUGCGUCUUACCAAAGUUUCAACACGCUACACGAGUGGGAAAUCAAGGAUCAUACUGAAAUACGUCCAAAUGUAAAAGCAUUGAUCGACAAGCAUAGGUCGUUUCAAGAAAACUUACUAACUAAUGUUAAAGUGAACGACAGUGACCAGAAAUCGUUUGCCAAUGAUUGUCAACGUUUAAGUGUAUCGGACAAAGAUUGUAUACAAAUGAAAGGUGACACGAAACAGGUGGAAAACGUCGAAGAUGAAGUGAAUAAUCAUCUGUUUGAAAUUAGUUCUGUCCAUCAAAUGGCGAAUAAUCCAAAGCCACUGAAGGUAGAAAACCAUAUUGUAUCGAACUCUGAAAAUAUUGAUUUUAAAACUGGAAUGCCCGAACGUUUUUGGCAAAAUAUCGUUUCCGCGGUCAGAAUUAACAAUACUUACUACCAAUGUUUGAAACAGAUAGCAGACAAGCAAAAAUUUAAAAACCUCGAGGAUGUAGUGGUUCACGCCAAAUCGACGUUACAAAUGGCUGGCGAUGAAUCUGAACUAAUCGGAUCGGAACUUAUCGCCUCGUCCAAACAGUAUUUGGAAAAGUUCGGCAUCGUGCUGGACAGUAAACUGAAUAAGAAAUUGAGCAGAGCUCGUUCGUCAUCAGACGAAGAUAUCUCAAUGAGUGCUCUCAGAUUGGAGUUGGCCGAAAAUAAGAGACGCGCGAAGAUCGCUGAAAACAGUAUCGCACAACUUCAGAAGGAGAAGAAAGACUUGUUAAACAUAUUAACCAGCUACGAUUCUGAAAACAUUAACAAAGUAUCAUUGGAAAAACGGUUCGAAGCUGAGCGACAGAAAAACAACGAAUUACGUGAAUUAAUUAGUAGGUACUAUAUUCAAAAAGAAAAUGCUUUUUAAUACCAACUAACCAAUAAUAUAAACAGCGAAUUUUGAUAAAUAAAUGUUUUUAAAU